AUGGAAAUUUUCUUACCGUUUGUUUUCGGCAACAAAGCGCCACAUCAGUCGACAAUUUCCCGUUGGUAUGGAGAAUUCAAACGUGGACGGGUGAGUCUUAGCGACGAUCCCAGGGUGGGUGCACCAAAAACGGCAGUCACCCAGGAAAAUGUCCAUGAUGUGCGCAAACUCAUCAUUGAAGAUAGACAUACCUCAAUUCAAAAAAUUUUACAUGAAGAAUUAGGAGUAAGAAAAUUAGUUUCACGUUGGAUACCCCACCUGUUGACUGAAGAGCAGAAAGCAGCCAGGGUUAAUUGGUGUCAAAAAACGCUUGACCGUUUCAAUUCCGGAAACUCAAAAAAUAUGUACAGCAUUGUUAGUGAUGAUGAAUUGUGGAUUUACUGUUGUGAAGAAAAGCCAACAAAAGUCAUCCGUUCUCGAAGUGUUUCGAAAAAGAUGCUCGCGACAUUUCAAAUAACUGUUACUGCGGAUUGGAAUACCACCAUUUGUUUGUCAAAAGUCAUCACCGAGCUUCGAAAAAUCAACCCCGAAAGAAGGAUCAUCCUCCACCAAGACAAUGCAAGCUCGCACACAGCCCAAAAAACAAGGCAGUAUUUAACGGAAGAAAACGUGGAAUUAUUGGACCAUCCUCCAUAUAGUCCCGAUCUAAAAGAAGUAGUUGACGCAUUCAAAAAUGCCGUUUUGGAUAUGCCAGCAAACGAGUGGAAUAAGUGGGCUUUGAAAAUUGAAUACUUCGAAAAACAAUAA